AAAUAAUUAACCAGGUAAUUUUUCGGAUUUUUUAUUACUUGACUAAUAAAAGGUUUAGCUAGAAUAAUCAGGAUAAUCAUUUACGUUAUCAAAAAUGUGAAUGUAACAGUCUGAUCAUCUAACUUUAUGAGGUAAAUUGGCGGCUUACUUGAACAUCUGGGCUACCUGUUUCUACCCUCUAGAUAUUUCAACAAGUGAUCUGUUUCUGCUAGUUCUAAAACAUUAUUAUGUUUAUUAAUUGCAUAACCUAAUAAGGUGCGCUUAUGAAAAGUUUACAACCUUCCGCCAUAUGAGUUACAAAAGGACAUCGUGGUUGCUGGCAAUAUGCAGCGAAAAGAAAGAACAUUAUUCAGGUGUCGACUCCUGGACUGCUUACUUCUAGCUGGCGACCAAUCAAUAUUUAUUGUCAGGAUCGACCAAGAAGUAUGAAACGGAAACUUUUUGAAAUACUUUGUGCUGAGAAUUCUGUACUGUACCAAAAAUAUAAUGUUGAAUAAAGCCAAUAAUAAUAGUAAUAAUAAUAAAGGACUCUUAUUCAAGUUUAGAUGACCAAAUGCCUUAAUUUUAUGUUAUUUUAAAAAAAAUUAUCUUGCAUCAAGCAGUUUUCAGUGUUUAGCAACAUGUUAUGUGUGAAAUAAGAUUUUAAGUGCACAACUUGACAACUGUUUUCCGUCCAGUAUACGUCGUUAUGUGGGACUUAUUCUCUGUAUUCUGGAUUUAUUCUUUUUUGGAGGAUAUCACUAUGGAUUUAAUUCCCUAAUUGGUAUUUACAAAUCCUUGGGUUUAUUCGCUUACAACUGCACACAAUCUGGUUGUAUGUACGACGAAGAUAUGUUUGGAAUCAGCUUUAACGUAUGGUUUGUUUCACAUUUGUGCCUCAUUACAUUGGCCGGAAUAUUUAUGGAUAGAGUUGGAUUGAGACCUUUAAAAUUGGUUUCGGCGUUAAUGUAUUCUGCCGGUACUGUUAUGUUUGCUUUUACAACUGGCAAAGUGGCACCACUUUUCUUUACUGCUGGUGCUCUGGUUGCACUAAGUAGUAUAUGCAGCCUAAUUUGUAAUCAACAAAUUAGUUCAAUGUUCCCACAUUUUCGUGGAAUAUGCAUAUCACUUAUUUCCGGAGCCUUUGAUUCGAGUACAGUUGUAGCGUAUGCUGUAUCGAAAUAUCACCCCUAUUUUUCACUUCAGUGGUCAUUUAUAUCUUUAUCAAUAGGUUCAUUUAUUAUGGGUUGGUUCAUAGCAAUGUUCAUUCUCACUAUGAAGUCAGUAGAUAUGGAGAAAUUUGCAAAAACUGAAGUAACGAAAUCAGUUUUUCAGUCACGAGAAAGUUGUUUGGAAGAAUCAUCAUCAGUUGAUGUUGACAAAGAACUGUCGAAUGUGAUUGAUGAACGUUUUCCAACACUGAGAAAAUGCAUCUUUUCAGCUUCGUAUGCAUUGAUUAAUUUAUGGAUUACUCUUGGCUUAUUUCGUUUUGCCAUAUUCUUAAGUCAGUUAUACAGACAACUAGUUCAUUUGUUUCCAACAGAUAAAAAACUAGUUGAACAUCUGUUAGAAGUGUCUUCAGUUUUCGCAAUGUGCGGCUUUUUCGCAGCACCUGUUUCUGGAGUAAUUAUUGAUUUGUCUUUGAGGUGUUCACGUGAUAAAGUGGCAAAUAUACUGAUUAGUAACAAAUUCAAUGUAUCUAAUAGAAAAAUGUAUUAUAAUUACAUUUGUGGCUUAGUACCUGCAAUGACAAUAAUGCCCAUAUUUGCUAUUAUUUUAAGUACAAUGAUGUUUAUUCCCAACACGGUUGCAAUUUAUACAGCAUUUGUCUGUUUAGUUAUUGUUCGAUCAUUAAUGUUUAGCGCAUAUGUCAGUUAUUUGUUGACAGGUUUUCCAAUACGUUAUUUUGGCACAUUAAAUGGUAUUUCAAGUGUCAUAUCUGGUUUAUUCAGUCUGUUACAACAUAUUUUUCUGCACACAAGCGGUACUGUGGCUAACUCAGUGUCGAUGGCAGCGUCUAUCGGUUUAUUUAUUACACCUUUUGUACUAUUGAUGUUAAGACGUUAAAUAUGUUUUGCAAAAGCUUAAUUUAUGGGUUUCAGAUUUGUUUAUUUCAAAUAUUUCACAAAAUUACCUGUGAUUGUUCCACUUGCACAUAUUUAAUCAAAUGGUUCAUCUAAUCCUCCCUCCCUUGAUGCCCUCUUCCAAAACUGCCCAUUUUUGUGCUUCAUGCUAGUAUGAAUUUUGUGAUAUUUAAUUUUACUUUUAAAAAAAUAUAAAUAAGUGAAUGAGAAAAGC